GCCUUUGGCUGUGUUCUUUCCGAGGAGGAAUGUCUGGGUCAGCAGGAAGACAGCGGCUGCUGCUGUGGGUUCCAGGGGAAAGAGUCAGUCCCCACCCCAUCCCUGACGGUGCCCGCUGCCCCCCAUAGAGUGGUGAUGGCUCCAUUUGCUGCAGAGGACACAGCCACUAGGCAUCCUUUCUCUGUGAUGGCGGCUGGCACCCUGGUUAUGGAGGACUGCAACGUGCACUCGGCGGCCAGCAUUCUGGCCUCGGUGAAGGAGCAGGAGGCCCGUUUCGAGCGGCUGACGCGGGCACUAGAGCAAGAGCGGCGCCACGUUGCCCUGCAGCUGGAGCGUGCCCAGCAGCCUGGCAUGAGCAGUGGUGGUAUGGUGGGCAGUGGGCAGGCCCUGCCAAUGGCCUGGCAACAGCUGGUUCUGCAGGAGCAGAGCCCGGGUAGCCAGGCAUCGCUGGCCACGAUGCCGGAGGCACCCGAGGUGCUGGAGGAGACGGUGACAGUGGAGGAAGACCCCGGCACGCCCACCUCCCACGUGUCCAUUGUCACAUCAGAAGAUGGUACGACCCGGCGCACUGAGACUAAGGUCACCAAGACAGUGAAGACUGUGACCACAAGGACAGUACGCCAGGUGCCUUUGGGCCCGGACGGACUCCCCUUGCUGGACGGUGGCCCCCCACUCGGCUCUUUUGCUGAUGGGCCCCUGGACCGGCAUUUCCUUCUGCGUGGUGGUGGCCCAGCAGCCACGCUCUCCCGAGCCUACCUCAGCAGUGGAGGUGGCUUUCCCGAUGGCCCCGAGCCCCGCGAUAUCCCAAGCUAUGGCAGCCUGUCCCGAGGGCUUGGGGUACGGCCCCCACGUACCGGCCUCCUGGGCCCGGGGCCUGGGGAUGGCUGCUUUACACUGCCUGGCCGCCGAGAAGCCUUCCCCAUGGGCUCUGAGCCUGGCCCGCCAAGUGGCCGCUCCCUGCCCGAGCACUUCCAAGCUGAGCCGUACGGCCUUGAGGAUGAUACGGACCUGGAGCCUGACUAUGGCACAGCAGCGCGGAGGAGACAUGAGUAUGGGCGGGGUCUCCGGGCCAGGGCCUUUGAGGACACGGCAGACGAUGCGGGUGAGCUGGUAGAUGAGCGGCCUUCGUUCCCAGCAGCAACGGCCCCUCUGGCCCAGCCUGAGAGGGGCAGCCUGGGCAGCUUGGACCGCGUGGUGCGGCGCUCGCCUUCGGUGGACAGCGCCCGCAAGGAGCCACGCUGGCGGGACCCUGAGCUGCCCGAGGUGCUGGCAAUGCUGCGGCACCCUGUGGACCCCGUGAAAGCCAACGCGGCGGCCUACCUGCAGCACCUCUGCUUCGAGAACGAGGGCAUCAAGCGGCGAGUGCGGCAGCUGCGCGGGCUGCCCCUGCUCGUGGCGUUAUUAGACCACCCUCGGGCCGAGGUGCGGCGCCGGGCCUGCGGGGCACUGCGCAACCUCUCCUAUGGCCGCGAUGCUGACAACAAGGCCGCCAUCCGGGACUGUGGGGGUGUGCCGGCCCUGGUGCGCCUGCUGCGAGCCGCCCGUGACAAUGAGGUCCGUGAGCUGGUCACUGGCACCCUCUGGAACCUGUCAUCCUACGAGCCCCUGAAGAUGGUCAUCAUUGACCACGGCUUACAGACGCUGACCCAUGAGGUCAUCGUGCCCCACUCAGGCUGGGAGCGGGAGCCUAACGAAGACUCGAAGCCCCGGGAUGCCGAGUGGACAACCGUCUUCAAGAACACAUCAGGCUGCCUGAGGAAUGUGAGCUCGGAUGGUGCAGAGGCCCGGCGGCGACUCCGGGAGUGCGAAGGGCUGGUGGACGCGCUCCUACAUGCCCUGCAGUCAGCUGUGGGCAGGAAGGACACAGACAAUAAGUCAGUAGAGAACUGCGUGUGCAUCAUGCGGAACCUGUCCUACCACGUGCACAAGGAGGUUCCAGGGGCAGACAGAUACCAGGAGGCCGAGCCUGGGAUCCAGGGCAGUGCCACAGCCUCCCAGCGUCGGAGAAAGGACGAUGCCAGCUGCUUUGGUGGCAAGAAGGCCAAAGAGGAGUGGUUCCACCAAGGGAAGAAGGACGGAGAGAUGGACCGGAACUUUGACACACUGGACCUUCCCAAACGAACUGAGGCUGCCAAAGGCUUUGAGCUGCUGUACCAGCCCGAGGUGGUACGUCUCUACCUCUCACUCCUUACGGAGAGCCGGAACUUCAACACCCUGGAAGCCGCAGCUGGUGCCCUGCAAAACCUCAGUGCCGGCAACUGGACGUGGGCCACCUACAUCCGGGCCACGGUACGCAAGGAGCGUGGGCUGCCGGUGCUGGUGGAGCUGCUCCAGUCUGAGACCGACAAGGUGGUGCGUGCCGUCGCCAUCGCGCUUCGCAACCUCUCACUGGACCAGCGCAACAAAGACCUCAUUGGGAGCUAUGCCAUGACGGAGCUAGUGCGGAAUGUCCGCAAUGCACAGGCACCUGCGCACCCUGGUGCCCACCUGGAGGAGGACACGGUGGUAGCCGUGCUCAACACCAUCCACGAGAUUGUGUCCGACAGCCUGGACAAUGCUCGCUCGCUCCUGCAGGCCCGGGGUGUGCCUGCACUGGUGGCACUGGUGGCCUCCAGCCAAUCCGUGCGGGAGGCCAAGGCGGCGUCGCACGUGCUGCAGACUGUGUGGAGCUACAAGGAGCUUCGUGGAGCCCUGCAGAGGGACGGCUGGACCAAGGCCCGCUUCCAGUCCGCUAGCACCGCCAAAGGACCCAAAGGAGCGCCCAGUCCCGGGGGCUUCGAUGACAGCACACUGCCACUCGUCGACAAGAACCUUGAUGGGGAGAAGUCGGCCACCAGAGAUGUGAUCCCCAUGGACACACUUGGUCCAGAUGGGUACGCCACAGUUGACCGGAGGGAACGGAGGACACUGGGCAGUGACUCCACAGGGGACACCUCUGAGAAGGAGCUGUUGAAACCCGACCCUGGCAGGAAGGCCCCUCCGCCUGGGCCCAGCAGGCCCUCAGUCAGGCUGGUGGACGCCGUGGGGGAUGCUAAGCCUCAGCCUGUUGACUCCUGGGUCUAGCUUGCAUGCCUGGGCCCUGGCCCAGCUGUUGGUUCUUAGGGAUCACAUCACCAUAGCUGGAAGGCUGUCCUGAGCAGACCCAGGCCUGGAGCCGGGGCCCCACCCUUAUGUGGGGGGUUGGCCAGGCCUCUUGUCCCAAGCCAGGGCCUGACUUUAUGGAUCUCCCUCUGACUUACCCUCCCCUCUCCUCCACUCUCCUGAUCUAACUCUCCAGGCCUGAGUUAGCUGUUUACUGACAAGGUGCUGUGUAGUGGGAGAGAAGGGGUGGGGUGUCCCCAUGCAGUGCCACAGAGGAGCAAAUACGAGCCUGGAGUGGAGGUCCUGGGGCAGGCAAUAGGACAGGUGGGGACCUUGGGAAAGAACGUGGGCUCCCAAGGGUGGCUGGAAUGCUACCCCGCAUGCAGGCUGACCACAGCGAGGGCUGCUCCAAGAGUCCAGGCAGGGAAGUUUAGGAGGCAGAUAGUUGGGGUCAGGCUGUGCUUGCCCCAGCCCCCGUCAUGGGUUCCUGGGACACCCUCCCUCUGCAGUGUACUCUUCCCGAGCUGCCUGUGCUGGGGCCGCCCCAGCUGCUCCUGCAUCUGCCUAGAACCUCAAGUAACCUCGGGCCUGACUGCCAGCAGCAGCGGGGGACCUGCUCCUCAGUGCCUGCUGUUUGUGACUUAGAGAUGAAGAAGACUGACAACAAGCAUUCAAAGUGAAACCAAAAUAAGACUGUAUCAGCAAACACUGACAUUUUUGUAAGAAAAUUUAAAGAUUAAAAGAGCAGCAAAGGAACUGCCUGCCUGUCUUCUGAGUCAGCUCACCAGAGCAGUGCCUGCCCGCCUGCCCAGCUACAGAGGAAGAGGGUUAACAGCCACUGCUGCCACCUGGUGGACAUUUCCUCAAGUGCCCUGGCAGGGGUGUGGGGUGGGGGGAGGCUCUGCCCCGGCCCUCAGCCCUGCCCACUCUGUCCUCCUUGGCUGCUGUUGGCACCCUCAGCCCAGGAAGGGCGGCUGGCUGGUUGAUGUAGGUCCAGGCGGGAUCAGCGGAGGUGACGCUGAUCUUUUCUAGUCUGGAAACAGGCCCCUUCUGAGGCUUGGAGGGGGAGGUGGAUGGGUGCUUCCUCAGCAGCUGGGUGCCUGGGCAGACGUGCCCUGUGGUCUGAGCACACUUCCUCUUCUGAAAGUCAGGAAGGAGGGCUGGAGAGAUUGUCUCCUGAGUGCCACACGGAUGGAGAGCAGCAUGGGACAGCGUGGCCCCACAGCUACCGGUCCUCAGGGUCAGGGUCAGGGUCAGGGUUCCCAGUCAUAGGGUGCAAGGGCGGACUGUCACGUUGUACAGCAGGGAAGAGAGCAGUAUGGUGGUUGAGACAAUAAUUGAGUGGAUCUCUUGUAUCCAAAUAGUUAGAGCUUUAAUUUCUUUCAUGAUAAAAGAUCAUGGCAUAACUAGAAAACGGGAUAUAAGUCGGGGUUUUUUUUUUUGUUUUUUGUUUUUUGGUGUUUUGAGACAGGGUUUCUCUGUGUCGCUUUGGAGCCUGUCCUGGAACUCACUCUGUAGCCCAGACUGGCCUCCAGAGUGAGGGGAUUAGGGCAUGCACCACCAUGGCCCAGCAUUGUUUUUGUUUUUUAAAGACAGAGUCAGUAGCCCUGGCUGUCCUGAAAUCAGUGUAGACCAGGCUGGCCUUGAACUCAGAGCUCUGCCUGUCUUUCCUCCUGGGUCUGGAAUUAAAUUGUGCACCACCA